CAAUAGAGACAUCACUCACACCCAUCUAUUCAUAUCACCAUCUCUCUUUCAAUAUGGAGGGUAAAAUUGUUAAAAAGAAGAGAACAAUGGGGAGAAGGAAGCCUAAAUCCUUAUUCAAUAAACUCCCCAUUGCACUCCAAACAGAAAUCUUUAGGAAGCUAUUCAUGAAGGAAAAAUCAAAUGCUAUGUGUGUCUCCCAUUCAUGGCGUAAUCUCAUCCUAACCACAGCAAUACCAAAGGAGAAUCCACUAGAUCCAUUGAUGGAGCCAAGCGAUUCUCCUAGUCCAUAUAUGGAUUUGAAACAAUUUUUCAAUUGGUGCUCAUUAGUGAUUGGUUGUAGGAUCAGGCCUAAGAAUCUUAUAGACACAUGCAAUGGAUUACUAUUGUUUUGUCGUAAAGAUGGACAGGCAGAUAACAUAGUUCAUGGUGUAUAUCAUUACUAUGUCAUAAAUCCAAUAACAAAACAAUGUGUGGCCGUUCCUAAGCCUGUAGGAAAAAUAUCGGGAGCAUAUUCCUAUGCUGCUCUAGCAUAUGACUAUGAAGAAUCUUGGUUCUUUAAGAUCGUGCGUUUUCAAGGUCAUCGUCAUAUCAAUAUUUUCUCCUCCAUGACUGGUACCUGGACUACGUUAACUAUUUGUUUUCCGAAACAUAUUAACGAGUCUUAUUGGGUCAAAAAAUCUAUUUACUUAAACGGAUCUAUUUAUCGCCUCUCGUCUUCUGGACAUUUAUUGAGGAUUAAAGUAGAUCCUCAAGAGGAUGUCUCGAAACAAGGUGAGGUGAUAGAACUUCCUCCCGAUUGUCUUUUUGAUAAUUCGCAACUAAAUAUAAGUUCGCAAGAUGAUAAGAUCUUAUUGGUCUUAUCAAGAGGUGCGAAAUUUAUGUGUUUUGAACUUGCUGAAUGUGUUACAAAGGGAGCUAACACUUACACAUGGAACAUGAAAGUUAGCAAAGAGAAUGCAAAAUUGUUGCCUCUUAAUACCAAUGGCAAGCUCUUGUCCAUUUCCCCUUCUAAUGAUUUGGCAUUUUUCAAGAAUAAAAGAAGCUUAUACUUUUAUUUAUAUAAUUCAAAUGGUAAGAAUGUUAAGGAAGUUGGAGUGAUUAGAGAUGAUCCAAUUGUGUUUGAAUACAUGAGAAAAUGUGGACAACGGUUGUUUGAAUGUUUCAUCCCUUUUGCAUGCUGCUUAGAGAAGGAGGAUGAAAGACACUUUCAGCGACUGUUGGUUCCAAAGUGAAUAUUCAAGAAAGAAGAUAUUUUAAUUAUUUUAUUUGAGGUUGACCGUUUUCUAUUAGACAUUUUUAAAUAGUAUAAUUUAUUUUAUCUUAUUUAUACAUCGAAUUU